AGUAAAUCGUGAAAGUCAGUAAUGUGGCGGCGAUGUGUUUUUGUUGGCGUGCUUUAAGCAGAAAUACUCGUCGAUCCUGUCGUCUGUGUUUGAAUCACAUUCAGCAACGGGGAAAUGAAUACAGCACCUUUUUUUCAAAAAUGUGUUUUUGUAAGCACUCCCACCACGUUCACAAAGGUCAACCAUGUGACACGUUUACUGUUUUUCUUUGCGACUCGAACAGCGUUUGCUGCUGUUUCAGUGGCCGCCGACGUUUGCUUAUCUGCAUGUUCAGAUGUAGAAGAAAACUCACGUGGGCCGGGAGGUGCCAGCGGGAGUCGGUGCGUCACAACUUCAAUCAAAUACCUGCGGCUGACGAUGAUCACUUUGACUUUCUGCCUGUUGAAAUGGUCCUGCCCUCAACACGGUGAGCUGAAUUCUGAUUGGAGGAAUGGAGCGCCAGUCUGCCCUGCACCAGUGACCCAGAAAAGGAGACUCCGGUGGCGACAUCCUGUGGAGCCAGAGAUCAAAGGCGAGGAGGCUGUUGCACCACCGCUGGAACUGAAGAUUGCUUUUAAAUAAAAGCAAGAAGGUUUUUUUUCCAUUUUUUGUUCCUCAUUUUUUUUUUAAAGUCAUGAUGCAAGAAUCUGGGCCGGAGGCGACGAGCAACGGACCGGCCGUCCAGAACGGGUCGGCAGACGGCGGCCCCAGGGAGGGUCGGACCAAGAGCGCCACGCCGCUGGUGGAGGUGACCGCCGCUGACCUCCUGCAGUUCCAGCAGCACCAGGCUCUCCAAGUGGCACGGCAGAUACUCCUCCAGCAGCAGCAACAACAACAACAACAACAACAGCAGCAGCAGCAGCAGCAGUCUCAACAAAACACCGGCCGCAAGUCCCCCAAAGACAAGCAGCAAAGCCUCCAGGUUCCAGUUUCAGUGGCUAUGAUGACGCCUCAGGUGAUAACGCCACAGCAGAUGCAGCAAAUCCUUCAGCAGCAAGUCCUGAGCCCUCAGCAGCUCCAGGUUCUCCUCCAGCAGCAGCAGGCCCUCAUGUUACAGCAGCAGCAACUCCAAGAGUUUUACAAGAAGCAGCAGGAACAGCUCCACCUCCAGCUUUUACAGCAGCAGCCGCAGCAGCAUGCAGUCAGCAAGCCGAGUAAAGAGCAGCAGGUGUCGGCGCAGCAGUUGGCCUUCCAGCAGCAGCUCCUGCAGGUCCAGCAGGUCCAGCAGCAGCAUCUGCUCAACCUUCAGAGGCAAGGGCUGCUCACGAUCCAGCCUGGACAGACGGGCCUACCGCUGCACUCCCUCACUCAGGGCAUGAUUCCAGCCGAGCUGCAGCAACUGUGGAAGGAGGUGACGAGUGCUCACGUGAAGGAGGAGCAGCAGCACCACCAACACCACCACCACCACCACCACAACAACCACAACAACAACAAUAGCAUCAACAACGGCCACCGGGGCCUCGACCUGUCCUCCCCGGCAACGCCAAAGAACCCACUCCUCAACCAGCACGCCUCCACCAACGGGCAGUACAUGAGUCACAAGAGAGACGGAUCCUCGCUAGAAGAGCACUCCCCCCACAGUCACCCCCUCUACGGUCACGGCGUUUGCAAGUGGCCCGGAUGCGAGUCGGUGUUCGACGACUUCUAUUCGUUCCUCAAGCAUCUCAACAAUGAGCACGCCCUGGACGACAGGAGCACGGCCCAGUGUCGGGUGCAAAUGCAGGUCGUACAACAGCUGGAGCUGCAGCUAACGAAAGACAAAGAGCGUCUGCAAGCCAUGAUGACGCACCUUCAUGUCAAGUCCACGGAGCCCAAAGACACCCCACAGCCGCUCAACUUGGUGUCCAGCAUCACGUUGUCCAAGUCGGCCCCGGGGGCCUCUCCUCCCCUGAGCCUGCCCCGGAGCCCCACCACGCCCACGGCACCCCUCACACCCCUGUCCCAGACCCACUCCGUCAUCACAGCCAACAGCCUCCACAGCGUGGGGCCCAUGCGGCGGCGCUACUCCGAAAAGUACAACAUGCCCAUCUCUCCAGAUCUCAGUCAGAACAAAGAGUUUUACAUGAAUGCUGAGGUUAGGCCGCCGUUCACCUACGCCUCACUAAUAAGACAGGCGGUCCUCGAAUCUCCGGAAAAGCAGCUAACACUAAACGAAGUCUACAACUGGUUCACGCGAAUGUUUGCAUAUUUUAGGCGCAACGCGGCCACGUGGAAGAAUGCAGUCCGGCAUAAUCUUAGUCUUCACAAGUGUUUUGUGCGAGUAGAAAACGUAAAGGGGGCUGUGUGGACAGUCGACGAACUAGAGUUCCAAAAGCGACGGCCUCAAAAGAUCAGCGGGAGUCCAACCUUAGUGAAGAACAUUCAGACCAGCUUGGGCUAUGGUCCGACCCUCUCUGCUGCCUUCCAGGCUUCGAUGGCAGAAAACAACAUACCUCUAUACACUACUGCUUCCAUCGGGAGUCCCACCCUCCACUCCCUGGCCAACGCCAUCCGCGAGGAGAUGAAUGGAGCGAUGGACCAUGGAAGCAGCAACGGCAGCGACAGCAGCCCGGGACGCUCGCCCCUGCUAGCUAUGCACCACAUCAGCGUUAAGGAGGAGCCGCUGGACCCCGAGGACCACGAAGGGCCCCUCUCCCUGGUCACGACCGCCAAUCACAGUCCGGACUUCGAUCACCACAGAGAUUACGACGACGACCAGGGCCACGACGACAUGCUGUAAGGCUAGCGCUGCCCCCCCCCCCCCCCCAUCCCUUUAAACACCCCCCCAACCCACCACCCCCCAGCCUCAGAGGCAGAGGCAGUCUGAGGUCAUCUGGGAGACGGAACCGCUCCGCAGAUAACAAACACUGAACUGCAGUCUCAGCCACUGAUGACCGCUCGCAAAUGUCUCCCGAAUUCACUUUUUUUAGUGCCAUUACAAUACAUGGCAAGACCACACACACACACACACACACACAAACAGAUACACAAAAAAAACUAAGAAUGCACCCACAUGUGAGGGAAUUUUUUUUUUCUUCUUCUUUCUACUCCUUGAUUUCAAGUAAAGCUUAAAAAGUGAACCUUCAUUUGUACUCGUGCGGGCGGGAUGGACUCGUUUGGUACAGGGGACCGACGUGUUCGCGGUCAGAGACCCUCGCCGCGCAGCCGGGACGGACUGCCAGAGGGGCUGCGUCCCCCCUCCCCUCCACCCACUCUCUCUCCCUCUCUCAGACACACACACAUUCUGACAACAGACUCAAGAGGGAGAGAGAAUGACUGACGUUUAAUUUACACCGUGUGAGUGUGUCUCGGUGUGUAUAUGUGUGUGUGUGUGUGAAUGGAGCGAGCGUGGACUGCUGUUCAUCGUCACAGCCGUCUCCUCUUCUCAUCGGUUUGAUUCCCAUCUCGGGAUGUUGUUUUUAUUUGGGUGUACAUGUAUUGUCGGGGAGGGGAUGAGAGGUUAUGAAAUAUCAACGUGUCUUUUUCCAUUCAAUGCUGUUGUCGUUGUCGUGUCUUUACCGUCUCUGUGUGCAGACCUCACGCCCAUGCUGUGGAGAUUCUGUGUAGUCAGCACUUGAUGAAUGUUUUAUGAUUUCCUCUCGUAUUGUUAUUUUUUUUUUUUUUAAACACACACACGUGAAGCGGAAUGUCACAUGCCAAGUAGUAUUUGUCUGUCAUUUAUUCCACAAUCUUUGUACACACACACACACAAAAGACAAAAAAAGAAAAGUGCCCACUUUGACGCGUAGUCCGCCCCUCACUCGCCCCCCCCCCCCCUCGCUCAUGAAUUCCACCCACAAUGCACUACUCGUAAUGGAGGCUCUCUCCACGCAUCGAUUAAGUUUAAUUUAAGAUGUUAAUGAAUGACGGAGAAAUCAUGCAGGUUAUGAUUUAUCCUUAUGAAAUUCUGCUUCAGAACGGUUUCUCGCACACACGAGCUCCGGGUUUUUCUUUUUCUGUCUUUUCUCAAAGCCAAAAUGACAACGUCAGGUGUGCGCCGGGGAGAUAACGAUCCAGACCGACUAAUUCUGACUUCAACUCGUCGUCGUUAAUCAGACUUUUUCCACGCCGCCGUUUCAUCCGGCGCCCCUGAAGACGAGCGUGCAUCCCCCCCCCCCCCGUAGAUUUCAUUUGCAUCACGCGCGUGAGCAGUUUGUAAGUUUUUUGUAAUUUUUUUUAGUGCGCGUGUUAAAAACUCGCACACCGGAUGAAAUGCGCAUUUCCUUUCAUCGAGGGUGACCCCACCCCCCGCCAUGACUUGCAAUAAGACCGUGACAUUGCACAUUCCAGCAUUUGACCGCCAUCGGGAGGGGCCCCGAGUUUUACAGCACAUGGCGUUUCGGGAGCGUGUCGCCCCAAAAAAAGCCAAAAGUUGUCGUCUCACCCAGUGGGAGCCGCAGCCGGCGUCGUGAUGCAGCGACGGCUUUGGGUGGGAGUUACAUUUUUACAUGCAUUUCCGAUACGCAAUCAACCACUUUUUAAUUUUGUAUUUAUUAUUCGUAUUAAUAUAAUUUUAUGUUUUCUUUGGCUUUUCCCCGUUUAUUUUCUUUUUUCGUUUAGUCGUUGAUGUGUUUUUAAUAUCUUGUUCUGUGACUACCAAAGAUAAACUACAAACGUGUGUGUGUGUUCCAUGCAAUAGCAGAUAAGGCCAAAUAUCCCUCCUCCGCUCUCUCUCCCACCGGGCGAUCCCAGCAGCUGCGAUCGAGCCGGUCGGCCAAUCGAAUCGAGGGAAACGCUCCUCAAACUGGUGUUUGCAUUCUUCUUUUUUUCUUUCUUCGUCAUCUUUUCUUUUUUCAUAAAAACCAAAGGGGGCGUGUCCAACAGGACGGCUGCAGUAAUGUUUCGCAGUGACCAAAACCCGAAUGGGAGGCGCCGACAGUCUGACUACACGAUGACCAAAUUCGGGGAGAUCUGUUUUAAAUGUUUUAUUUCUUUCUUUGGGCCAGUGAGUGGAAAAGGGAGCUUGUUGGUCGGGAGCAGUAUUGUGUGCAACAUAAAGGGGAUGUAGAUUUUAAAUAUAUAUGUACACCGGUAAAUGGAAAAAGCUUUGCAGAGAACAAUGUGAAACGGAUUCUAUGCUUCGACUGGAACACACGAUGAUUCAAUGUUUCUGUCUCUCCUUUAAUUCCUUUUUCUCGUUUGUAUCCUUUGAAAUGAUUGUAUGCCACUUUUUUUCUGUUUUUAAAGGGGUUUUAGCGUCUUUUGCCAAGACUUUAUGAUUGUGUUUUUAGUUCCUGUCAAUUUAUUACUUUUUAUAUUAAAAAAACACUCCUGUCAACUAAUAAGCUGGGUACCAGGUACUUUAUGGCAGUUAUUGUUCUUUUUAUUAUAUUCUUCUAAGUUCAUCGCUCAUUCGCUUAAAAAAAUAAAAUAAAAAGAAGAGUAAAAGGGCAAUCCGUGGUUUCCAGAAGUUGUGUUUAAUAUCCAGGCAGCUGUGGGACGGGUCAGGUCCAGCCAGGCCGGGGCCGUGAGAACCGUCAUGUGGCUGGUUGUUUGGGAUUGGAGAGGAGGGGAACGCGCUGGUAGAUUAGAACAUUCUCAGCAUGUGUCGCUCGACAUUACUAAAGAUAACAGCAUGAGAAGAAGAAAAAAAUACCCGUUUGUUCGCAUACCUCAGUUCAAACCUAUAGGGAAUGAUUCAAUUAAAUGAGGAGAAAAAAGUAAAUAAACAUUUCAUUCGGUUGCACUUAGUUGUAUGUCUUGCAUGUGUAGUCUGAUACUGUAGAGAGAGAACUACAACAAAACAAGAGGGGGGGCGGGGGGGGGGAUAAGCAGAUGAAUUUAGAGCUUGUUUAUCUUUAAAGGUUUUAUCCUUUUUGUUUGUUUGUGUUUUGCCAAACCAAACCUCAGGCCUUUGUGUUCAUGGAGACAUCACCCAGCUGUGUGUGGCACCGUUCAUCCCGUCGACGUUGUUUUCAGGGCGUUUCCCGAUCUUUAGGUUGUACAUACAUGCCUCUUUUUGUCUUGUCUUUUUUUUUUAAGAUCAAAAAAAUAGAUUUGUGUUAUGAUGUUUGCCUCAUCGCGACUGCUUUGUAUUAACUAUGAAAUAGCUAUGAGAAGAAGACGAAGAAGAAGAAAAAAAACCUGCUGUAUGUAUUGGAAUAGCAAACUGUGCUGCAAAUGUAUUUUACUUAGUUAUCCUUGCUUUAAAAAAGAAAAGAAAAUAAUCACAUCAUCCACGGCAGACGUCUGGGUGAGCUGGGUAGGGGGGCAGGCUGGGGGGGGUGGCGGGGGGAGAUUAUCCCCGAUUUUUGGAUUUUAAACUGUAAUAUAGAAAAACAGACUUUUCUCUGUUAUCAUUGACCUAAGCAUUUUGUACAGAUGUUUUCCCUCUUUUGUGUUAAGCUGUCUUUUGAUACUUCCUUUUGAUGGUCCAACCACUGCCUUGUGUGGCUGUAUGUUAAAGAUUACUGCGCUGAGAAAAGGGCAGACAGGUAUAUUUCCUCUACAAGACGGAGAUAUCUUGCAUAACUAAUCCCAGGGUCAGAUGGGGGGGAGGGGAGAGUGUGUGGGGGUGGCGGGUAUGUUUUAAGUGGUCAGUAAUAAUUAUAAGGGUGUAUCAAUCUAAUGACAUUUUAUAUGAAAUGAAUAGGGAAAAAAAAAAUAUGCAGUGCCAAGAUGUAAAGAAUAUUGUUAAAUGCUGUAUUUUCUUUUUUGGUUUUUUUCCAAUGUUAAUUUCACACUCGCGCAUCAAAGAUGCGUGUCCUUCUCAUCCACGUCAUGUAGCUUAUACAACACACGUUUGUUUGUUUUUGUUCGGCAUCAAGAUAUUUAUAUUUUUUUUAUCUCACGGGUCAUUGUAAAUGAGUCCAAGCGCAGCAGGACGGAGACGCGGCGGCCGCGAGGCGUCGGACCCCCGGCGCCACGCACCGGCGGCGCCACCCGAGCUGAGAAACGCUGUCGUUUCCAUCCAUCAACCAACCAUCCAGCCCGCUGUCAUUCCGUCCCACUCUCUUCUCUCUCACACCACACUUUUCUCCAGAUGGAGGGAGGGAGUGGAGUGGAGUGGGGGAGGGGGGGGGCUGUCACAUAGCUCUCAUCCCGCAGAAGCUUUUUGUUUUUUUCUCUUUUCUUUCUUCUUUGAAGAAAAUGUACUCUGUAGUUUCUUUUUCCUGUAUUUCUUUUUUUGUGUUUUUUUUUUUAUAGAGAUAUUAUUGCUCAUCACUUCCACGAGUCUGUAACCUCAUCAUUCCUCGUCUGUCUGAUACGGACCACUCUGUUGUAGUCGGUGGCGAUGACUGACGUUGAGCAUUCUAAACAUGCAAUAAAAUGCUGGUUGUUCAGA